AUGGCAUCGGAAAGCCCACUUUGCAAAGUCCUUGCGCCUGUGCGAGAGCGACCAGGGGAGCUUCCCACCUUCAAGGUGGACGCCGCGAAAGUCACGGACGUUUUCCUCGAUUUCGAUGGCACCCUAACCGCCUCAAACAAAGAGGGUGUGUCUGGAUAUGUUCUUCCCUUGCUUGAGAGAUGUCGCGGGCUUCGCGUUUCAGAUUGUGCGCAGGACCCCCAAGGAUCCGAGGGCUCAGAAAUAAACUGGAGUGGCCUGGACGAACGCAUGGCAGCUGCAGCUGAUGCUGUAGACUUCUCCGACAGCUCCGUGCUUGGAAGCCGCGAGGUUCGUGAGCAGCUACAAAACUCGCUGCAGCGGUUGGUGUCGUCUGGUAUCCGAGUACAUCUGCUCACUAUGGGUACACCUCAGACCUCUAAGGCGCUCUUGGGAGCAGCUGGCUACAACCUGGAUCUUUUCAGCAGCUUUCUUGGGCCGGCCGACAUGGCGAGGAACCAAUCGCUGCGCCAUUUGUUUGAGAAUGGUGACAAGGAUGGGAUGGAAGCAGCUGAGGGUUUCUGGUUUGAUGUUCAGGAUGAUAUCGAUGCCUUGCAUCACUUGCAAAAGACAGGAGAGCAGAACCCUCUCCUUCAGCGCAUAAUGAGCAUGGAGAAGCGACUCUCGAAAGCUGCGCUGAUUCUUUCCAUUGCUGGCAAGAACGGUGUACUGGUCGAUGACAACUACUCAAAGAACAUCUUCGAUGCACAUGAGAAGGAUGUCAUGUACAUUCACAUAGACCCGGAAGGCGUGCUGAGCACGAACUCAGCAAUGAAGCGCCUGGUCAACCGGGUCGAGGCCUGCACUGACCAGGAAGCUGGCGGAAGAUCCCCAAAGCGAACGAGGCUUCAAAAUGGCCAGGAAUCAGCUUCCUCACACGGGGGCCGCAGCUUGGUAGCCGCAGCCUCGUAG